AGAAUGUUGGAAACUUGAACCAGCUGAACGACCAAGUAUGCGAAAAGUUGUCACAACUCUUGAGACUCUUUUAAAUCAGCCCGAAAUCCUUGUUAUUAAAGAAGACAAUGAGAAAAUAAAAGAUAAUAAUGCGACUGAAGAUGAUAAUGAGGAAAUAAAAGAUAACGCAGCCGAAUGGGUUAAAAAUAUCUUGAAAAAUAAAGAAGUUCAGUUCAUUCCAUUUAAUGAUUUAAAGAAUUCAAAACUACUUAGUGUAGGAGCUUUUGGAUCUGUUAUGAAAGCAGUUUGGACUAAAACAGAUAACUUCGUUGUUUACAAAAGAUUAAUUAACACUGCCACUAAAUAUAAUGCUUUGGAUGUAUUUAUCCAUGAAUUAAAAAUACAUUUGCAUUUGCUACCUAACUAUUAUAGUGAUAGGAUUGUACGUUGCUUAGGUAUCAGCCAAGAUGUUACGACAAAAGAAUAUUUACUUGUUAUGCAAUAUGCUAAUGGCGGUGACCUUCAAAAUUAUCUCAAUAAUAGAAACUUAAGUUGGAAUGAUAAGAAAAAAUUGUCAUAUCAAAUUGCAGAUGGGCUAAAUUAUUUGCAUAAUGAAAAUGUAUUACAUAAAGAUUUGCAUUCAAAAAAUAUAGUUAUUCAUGAAGGGAAUGCCAAAAUUAUAGACUUCGGUAUUUCGAAAAUUCAAGAUCAGAUAUCUGGAGCUCAUACGCGUUAUCGUGGAAUUAUUGCAUAUAUAGAACCUAAACGUCUCUUAAAUCUAGAUUUUCCAUAUACUAAAUCCUCCGAUGUUUAUAGCUUUGGAGUAUUAAUGUGGGAAAUUUCUAGUGGUCAACCUCCAUUUAAAGAUAAUUAUUGCACAGGUGGUGAUAUAAAGGUACUUGCUCUUAAUAUUAAUAAUGGAAAACGUGAAAACCCAGUUUCUGGUACUCCUAAAGAAUAUGAAGAACUUUAUAAAAAAUGUUGGAAUCAAGAACCUGAUCAAAGACCAAUUACUAAGGACAUAUUGGACGAGCUUAUAAAAAUGAAUUUUGAAGUAAAUGAAGCUAUAAAUCAUGUUAGAUCAAAUGUAGAUUUGGAAAACGACUUAUUUAUUCCAACUUAAUAUGUAGCUUCAUAUUUCGCUGUUAACCAAUAAGUUUAUGAAUGUAUAUCCUCUCUGAUUGUCACCAGCCUAAGAAAUUUUUAAUUUUUUUAUAAUUUAUACAACAUUUGUACAUGUAAUUUUAUGAGAAAAAAGAUUUCUAAGUUCAAAAGGUUUUUACUUAGAAAGUUGUUGAGAAAAAUGCAAUGUUUUGAUUUUUACAUAUAAUUUUAAAUAAACAAGAGGUCUUGUUCAGAGGGGAGUUUACACAAUACUGAUUAUCAAGCAGGAACUUGUAGGCAAACAUUUAUGAUCUGCAUCCAGCCUCUAAACUUCAAUUAUUUGAUUAUUGGUUUUUUUCUCAUAAAAUAGAAACUAAAGACAAUUUACAAUCAUUUGAAGUUAAUUAAAAUUCAGAAAAACUUUAUUUUUGUAAAUUAGAAUACACUUGCAUUUUUUUUAUUUUGAAUGUUUAAAAGAGUC